CUCAGUCCCAUCGCGCGUAUCGUACUGCUUGCAUUCGUCUGGCGUCGCGCGUCCCGUCCUGUUGUCGUCUCGUGUGCUAGUCCGUCCGUACGACCGCAAACCGACUUUCCAGUGAUUAUUUUUUCGUUCGUCAUUUAUAAUAUAAUAAUUGUCUUACAGUUGUGUGUUUAUUUAUCGUUUUGCUCGUCCAGCAAUAUCGCAGUGCGAGUGUUUGCGGUCACAAACCAGAAUCUCACCGUCGGGUGAAAAAUAUCCGACGAGCGCGCGCGGUGUUUUUUUAUCCCCCGUCGUCUGGGCUUGAUAAAAACAUCUCGUCCAGAAAAUCAGAUCUACCACAGCAGACUACAAUCACAUUUGAGACCAACACUUUCAUCGUAUCUCUGUAAUCAUGGACGGCCCUCCACACAUGGGUAAUUUCGAUUUCAUAUUGGACCAUCACCAUCACCAUCACCACGGUCGCACCCUAGAGUCGUCCGUGUCGCCGCCAGCUUCCGUGGUAAUGCAACAGCAACAGCAACAGCAAACUCUCCAGCAACAGCAACAACAACAACAGCAACAGCAACAGCAGCAGCAGCAGAUCCCGGGUAAGGCCGAUCACAUCAAGCGGCCAAUGAACGCGUUCAUGGUUUGGGCGAAAAUUCAGCGCCGGCUCAUCGCCCACGACAACCCGAAAAUGCAUAACUCUGAGAUCAGCAAGCGUUUGGGCGCCGAGUGGAAGCUGCUCAACGAGACGGAGAAGCGGCCUUACAUCGACGAGGCCAAGCGGCUGCGGGCACUGCACAUGAAGGAGCACCCAGAUUACAAGUACCGUCCCCGGCGCAAGCCCAAGAUCCAGUUGCAUAAUAAUAACAACAACAAUAACAACUUAAGUGGCGCUCACAACAACAACGGUGGCAUGCUGCACGGGUCCGCCGGCAACAACAACUUGCAUCAUCACCAUAGCUCACAUCAUAAACAGACGAACUUUCAUACCUUUCCAGUAGUCUCCGCCGGUGGUGGGCCAGGCGGAGCUUCUAACUUCAAUUUCCCGAUGCCCUACUUCUCGACCAGCCAUCACCCGGCCCUGCACUCCUUCGACGGUUACUCGUCAGCAGGACUCGUCAGCCCGUACCUGAGCACAGCCAUGCCUUCUUUCGAUCCUCUUCACUUGUCCAAACUCGUGGCCCAGCAACAGGCCGUCGUGGCACAGUCUGGCGGUGGAGGUUCACCAUCGCCGUCUUCGCAGAUGGCCGGCACGCCGCCGCCCGUAGACAUAAACGUGGUGAAUGGCCUGCAGCAACCGCUGCAACCGCAUCUGCACCAGCAGCAACAGCAACAGCACCACUUGCAGUCGCCUCACAACAAGAACGGCGGCGCAGCCGUGGUCAGUUCGUUUUACAAUCAGUUCUAUCAGCCAGGCGCCGGUUCGGGCAAGGCAGGACCGUACCCGCACCAUCCGAUGAGCAUUUUCCCAUCGCCGUUCUCGUUCUACAACAACGGCGGUGGCCCGGGCGCGGGCUCUGUGGACGACCACCACGGCCAGCAGCACCACCACAGCCAGUCGGCCGCCGCGGCCGCUUUCGCCGUCCAGCAGCACCAUCACCAACAGUUGCAGUUGCAACAGUUGCAGCAGCAACACCAACAGCAUUUGCAGCAGCAGCAGCAACAACAGCAGCAGCAACAACAGCAGCAGCAGCAACAGCAACAGGAGAGACCCGGGUCCACGUCGUCCGACAUGGAAAACGAUCCGACCAGACAAGUUCCUAACGCCGCCAACUCCAACAUUCAUUGAACAGAUUUCGCACCGUCCGCCAACUCCGCCACCGCCACCAACCUUGCCCGGUUUUUUUGGUAUAUAUUUAUUAUGUUUUUUUUUUUUUUUAUAAAAAUAGGCUGCGAUCUCGUCGAUGCUGACGAUUGUUUUAAUUUUUACUUUAAUUUUGUGCGCGCGUUCCUUUUUUUCGCUAAACGCGUACACGUUUUUAUGAAUUUAUCACCACCCUGCGUGGUAAUUGUUACCCUCCCCUCAACCCCCCCCAUUUGCCAAAACCGGAUUUUGAUUUGUAUUUUUUGUUUUGUUUUUUUUUUUUUUGCGUCGCCGUCGACUGUUUUUCUCCUAGUGCGGACCUCCCCCCCCCCUCCCCUCACCCUUUCUCAUUCCGUCGCCGACGUGUGUAAAUCCGUGGUUUUUAAUACCCGCGGUCGAUAAAGUGUGCCGUUUGCACCGUGCGCGCGACAACUAACUAUACGAACUAUACAUAUUGAUAAUAAUUAUCCUCCUCGUUAUGACAAGUGUACGCAAAUUUAAGUUAGAUAACAAUUAAGAAUAAUUAGACUAUAAUAAUAUAAUUUGUGUUAGGGUGCCGGCCCGCCGGCCACCCCUAUCCCCCUCCCCCCGCGCUCGCCAUUUGUGGCUUUUUAAAUAUAAAAUUCGGAUCUGAAUUCGUGGAAAAUGACUUUGGUCCCGAUUCAGCUUCUACGCCAUGUAAAACUAUAAUAAUUUACACGAUGAUAUUACAAUAAUAUUUACUUUAAUAUUUACUUUUCAUUUGUCUCGUUUAUGAUUUAUAACACAAUAUUAUGUUUAUUGUGUAUGUAUGUGUGUCGCCGCACACUUUUUUUUGUUUGCCAAUUUAUGAUUUAUUCAUAUUUAUAUAAUAAAUAAUUGCUGAAUAUUAUGUCAACGUUACCGGCGAUGUUUUGUUCGCCAGUAAUGCGCCCAAUAUUGUUUGACUUUGAUGAAGAUAAUAA